CUGGAGGGCUCGCCAAGUGCAGGCCUCGCUGCGCACGGCGGGGACCUGGAAUCCGGGCUGCAGAACCCACCCGAGACCCACUGCCAAGUCCUUCCCGCAGGCGCCCGGGGCACCCCUGGGAUGGGGUAACCAAGAACCACUCUGCGGAAGUGACUUUUACCUGAGACGCUGGACAGAGCUAAAGCUCCUGGAACUUGCAUUUUUGGACCUGCCAUCAGGACCCUGGGGAUUUCCACCUGGGUGGUGAGCACUCCCACUGGAAUUCCAGGCUUCUCCAAAGUCUCAGAGAACAUAGACAAGUCACCACAGCUGGUGUCUCUCUGCUGAUGUCCCUCAGGGGAGGAGGUAGAGGAAGCCAAUGGCAGCCUGAGGUUCUCCGAGAGGGGAACUCGCUGGUUCCUAAAAGUCCGUGACACAGUUGUGUUUUUCUCUCUGACUCGCUCUCUUUCUCUCUCUCACUCUGAAGAAUGGACACUCCUAGAGCCUUCAAUCAGCGUCCAGGGGAUUUUUUUCACCACAAAGGGUAAUUCCUGCCCCAUCCUGCUGUGACUCAGCUGUGACGUUGAACCACACAAGCCAGUGAGAAGAUAAAGUCAUCAGACUCCUGCUCACGGAGGGGAGGAGAGGGGAGCCCACACCAGAAUUCAUCUCUUCUCUCAGCACAGACUCCACGGGUCUGGUCCCCUCCCCAGAGGAGCUUAGUCGGACCCCAGGAUGGCUUCUGGCUCAGCCAGCAGCCCCCGCCCAGCCCCCGAUGAGAACGAGUUUCCCUUUGGAUGUCCCCCCACCGUCUGCCAGGACCCAUCAGAGCCCAGGGCCCUCUGCUGCACUGCCUGUCUCUCUGAGAACGUGAGGAACGGCGAGGAUCGCAUCUGUCCCAAAUGCAGAGGACACGACCCCCAAUCUGUAAGCCCAGGAAGCCUUCUGUCUCAGGAGAAGGAUCACGCUGAGGUGGCUGCCGAUGGAGUUGGGUGCCCCUUUGCAGGUGUUGGCUGCUCCUUCAAGGGGAGCCCAAAGUCCAUUCAGGAGCAUGAGGUCACCUCUCAGGCCACCCACCUAAACCUGCUGUUGGAGUUCAUGAAACAGUGGAAGGCCCGGCUGGGCUCUGGCCUGGGGUCCGGGCCCAUGGCCCUGGAGCAGAAUCUGUCCGACCUGCAGCUGCAGGCGGCCGUAGAGGUGGCCGGUGACCUGGAGGUGGACUGCUACCGGGCGCCCUGCUCGGAGAGCCAGGAGGAGCUGGCCCUGCAGCACUUCAUGAAGGAGAAGCUCUUGGCUGACCUGGAGGGGAAGCUGCGUGUGUUUGAGAACAUUGUCGCCGUCCUCAACAAGGAGGUAGAGGCCUCCCACCUGGCCCUGGCCGCCUCCAUCCACCAGAGCCAGCUGGACCGCGAGCACAUCCUGAGCUUGGAACAGAGGGUGGUGGAGUUGCAGCACACCCUGGCCCAGAAAGACCAGGCCCUGGGCAAGCUGGAGCAGAGCCUGCGCCUCAUGGAGGAGGCCUCCUUCGAUGGCACCUUCCUGUGGAAGAUCACCAAUGUCACCAGGCGGUGCCAUGAAUCAGCCUGUGGCAGGACUGUCAGCCUCUUCUCCCCAGCUUUCUACACUGCCAAGUACGGCUACAAGUUGUGCCUCCGGCUCUACCUGAAUGGGGACGGGACGGGAAAGAAGACCCACCUGUCGCUCUUCAUCGUGAUCAUGAAAGGGGAGUACGAUGCUCUGCUGCCAUGGCCUUUUCGGAACAAGGUCACCUUCAUGCUGCUGGACCAGAACAACCGUGAACACGCCAUUGAUGCCUUCCGGCCCGACCUGAGCUCUGCAUCCUUCCAGCGGCCCCAGAGUGAAACCAAUGUGGCCAGUGGCUGCCCACUCUUCUUCCCUCUCAGCAGGCUGCAGUCACCCAAGCAUGCCUACGUGAAGGAUGACACCAUGUUCCUCAAGUGCAUUGUGGAAACGAGUGCUUAGGGCGGGCAGGGCCACGUGGGCCGCACCCGCGUCCUGAGGGAGCACCAGCCUAGGCUAGGGGAGUAACAAAGUGCCCAAGGGCCUGCCCUUGGUGCACAAGGCCCCAGGGCACACCGAUGGCGUGACCUGAGCAGGGCCGACAGACUGGCUGUAGCGGCCAUCAGCUUAGAGUGGCAGAACCUUGGGCUAAGCCCACAAAGGCAGAGGAUCCAGAAGGAGGUUGGUGGCAGGACUGUUCCCUCUGCACUGACCAUGCAACACUGGAGGCCCGGGAGCCACUCCAGCCCUGAAUGCGAGGUGGACUGUGACCAAGAUGGGGAGGGAAUGGGGACCAGGCCUGGGGCAAGGAUGGUGAGCUGGAGGUGUGAGACCUGAGCAUGGGACGGUCUCUGUAGGGCCACCAUGAAGACCUGGAAACGUGCUUGCUGUCUUCCUGCCCAAGAUCAGACCCAGGGGGUAAAAGGGACAGGGUGCCAACGUGAACUCAGUCUGUCCAGGCGUGGACUGAGUCCCCAUCUCUUAGAGUGAACAAGCAAAGUCCGAGGACUGUGCUGGGGUAGAGGAAGGCAUCAAAUUGGGGGAUGGAUUUGAAGACCUUCAAGGUUACUUCUAGCCCAGAAAGUCUCUGAGUCUAGGCUUUCUGGCCCAGGGCUGCAGGGAUUCUGGAAACAUCCAGGUUCCUUAUGCCCUCCACGUUCCUCACUCACCUUUAGUAGCACCAGGUGGGCUGAGCUGGCCCACACAGCACCUGCCACCCAGGCCUGGCAGCUCGGCUUCCCCCAGAUGCAGCGGCACACACAUGCCCUGCGUCCUGUGCCUUCCGGCGGAACUCCCCUUCGCCUCCUCCAGGCGAAAGCAGGCCACUGAGCUCCCGGGGGUAUCCAGAAGGAGCACGAAGAAAGGGAAGCAUAAACUCGCCACUCCCUGCCUGGGGUCCCAACGCCUUCCUUGCUUUCUAGAAUCCCAUGUCACCUGAUCAACCGAGGUGUUCACUUCUCUCGUUGACUUAUCAGGGCCUCUGAGCCACUAGCAGAAGUUGUUUUUUUUAAAUAUGCAUAAAAUCAAAGAAUUUUUUUUUAAAUCUCUUUCGAAGUUUUCAUGAAGCGUGUGGUUGUAGGAGUUGGUCGUCACUGAGCCACGUUGGAAAAGACCAUUGCCACGUUCUCAGUGGCGCUGCCAGCCUUGCAGGUGACGUCCGGGGCCGGUGCGCUGGCAGGGACAUCCCCCUCGGUCUCAGUCUUCUCCUCUCUGUAAUGGGGGGAGCCGCCCCAGCCCACUUCCUUCCCUGGGUUCCAUGGACCUCACAGGAGAUACUGCCAGGAGAGACUAGAGACCUACCUCGCAUGGCCUGGCUGUGGCCUGUGUUUAUCUUCUCACCUUGGAGGCCUCACACAACCAAUUCCUACUCAGACCCUUGCCCGGCUUCCCAGAGACCCCAAAGCUUCAUGCUACCGCUCGGAGCUCUCGGGCAGGCGCCCAGCCUUCCCUGCAGCUUACUCUUCCUCCGCUGUGAUCGAUGGCACUGCUCACACCUUCAGGGUUGGCUCGGUGAAAUGGGCCGGCAGCCCUGCCUGUUCUCCCUGAGAAAGUCCUUCCAAAAGAGGCGAGGGAGCAGCACAGCUCAGUGGGCUCGAUGCAUCAGAAAACCCAGAUCCAACCUGAGUCUACAGCUGGUACCCCAUCCUGCCUCAGCCUCUUCAUUUGAAAACGGGGAUAUAUACGGGGUUUCUCGAGGCCCAAACACAGUAAUGAAGCACUAGUGCUUUGUAGUAUGAUGGCAUUUUGCCAUGCAGGAGGGACUACGAACCUGUCAGGGCUCCUUUUUCUUGUCCCCACUGCUGACAGCCUCUCACUAGUGGAGACCAACUUGCUUCCUCGAUGAGUGUGAAUAAUAAGGGAAGGUCUAGCCUCAAACGUUAUGGGACUUCUACCUCAGAGCUGGUGUUCUGGCAAUAACAUCCUCAUCCCCAGUCAUUGAGUGCUGUGGUAAGAAGGGGUUUGCAGGACAAGCUGCUGCUCGGGACAGCUAUUACUCUACACCUUCAGUGGCUUUUUCCUGAUGGGAAGAGACACAGACUCUCUUUAAACACUGUGAGAGGCGGCCAUUCUUUCAGUAAAGCUUUACUGAGACCUGUGCCAGACCCUAGGCAGGGGGAGGUAAAAUGUGCGCCCUACCCUCAAGAAACUCUUAGUUGAGUGGGGGAAACCGAUCCCUAAGUAGAUCAUUGAAACCGACACGUAAGAGAAGCUCAGAGAAAACAGGAUUCCAGAUCCGUUGGGUGAAGCAGGGAGGGCUUCAUGGAAGAGGUGGCAUUUAAACUUGGCCUUAAAGUAGUUUGAGAUGCAGAAGAUAAGGGUGUGGGGGAAAGUAAAAUCACGGAGAUGGAAAGCAGCCUUGGCUUUGAGUUAGAACCAUGGAGCAGAAGGCAGAGAGGUAAGUUGGGCUGGAGCACAGAGGCAUUGAAGGCGGUUUCAUCUGCUGGAACCAGCAUGGGAUGGGGUUGGGGACAUCCUACAUCUCCUGUGUGUGACCCUUUGGGCUGUUUACAGCAGGAUGAGACAAUGAUUUAAAACAUUUACUAAUUUAUCUUCCAAUAAAGCCCUAUUUUAAGUGCACCAAA